ACAUUUCUCCUGUCCACUUAAAAACAUGUCCUCCUCCUCAGUUUGUUUUGACAUUGGCAUUUGGCAGUUUUUUCUAAGGUCUAAUUGGUUGUAAUUUCUUUUUCGUUCCGGAUAUCCAUUUUCGUUCCUGGUUUUGCAUUUUUUUUCCCGAGAGCGGUCCAGUCCCACAAGGCGGCGAUCCCGGUGGCCCGCAGGUAGCGCGCAGUCGGGGAGUGAUGCGUCGGACUCCAGCGCGUGCGCACUCGCGGCUGCGUCUCUGCGCCCUGCGCUGGAUGUGGACACGCCACGUGACCCCACUGCCGCCAUCUUUCUUCCUGGCAGCGGCGUCGGCACGCCAGUGCGCAGACGCGGGGAACGGCGCUAGGUGAGAGCGUGCGGCCAGAUUCGCCACAACAUGGCAAAUCUUUUUAUAAGGAAGAUGGUGAACCCUCUGCUACAUCUUAGUCGUGACACAGUGAAGCCUCGAGUCCUCUCCACAUUUCUGAUGGGAUCCCUUCGAGGUGCAGCCCCCAUGGCUGUGAAAGCCGGGGCAGAAGUACGCUCACUUCUCUCACCCGGCCUCCUGCCCCGCCUGCUGCCCGCACUGGGUUUCAAAUGCAAGGUGGUUCUUAAGAAGCGCUGCAGGGACUGUUACCUGGUGAAGAGGCGGGGCCGGUGGUACGUCUAUUGUAAAACCAACCCGAGGCACAAGCAGAGACAGAUGUAGACCCUUUCCCUCCAGAGUCACGCGCAUACUCAUCAUUGCGUCACUUGGGAGAACGGUUGUAUUUCAUGGAAGGAAUUAUCACAUCAAGGAAUCGGGGGAGAGUGACUGGAAGCAAACGUCCUAAAAGUUACCCAGCACUUUUCAGUGUAAAUGAGUAACUAUAGAAGACGUAGCAUCAUCUUAUUUCUAAAACGUUCCAAUUAAAAACAUUUGCCUAUUAAAAUAGACCGUCUGA